AUGGCGAUGUCGAUGGACGUCCUCGUCGCGCGCCUCGAAGCGGCAGUCGCCCGCCUCGAGGCCUCGCUUCCCUCCCAAUCCUCCACCGCCACGUCAGCUCCCGCCGCGUCCGCGUCUGCAGCGGCCAGCGAUCACCCGUCAGUGGUUGCGUUCGACGCGAUCCUGACGGCGAAUCUGCAAAAAGUGACGGCGGCCGCUGAGAAGGUCGGCAGCGCGGAAGUGACUGCGGCGACCAAGGCGCUGGCGGAAGCGUUCGAGGCGGAGAAGAAGAUCGUCGCGGCCAUCGCGGCCUGCAAGAAGCCCGACACGUCAGCGCUGCCGAAGCUGCUGGAGCCGCUGGGAGCGGCGAUGGCGGCGGCGGGGAAGCUGACGGAGGGGAAGCGCACGGACGCGUACAACCACGUGAAGGCCGUCGCCGAGAGCGUCGCCGCGCUCACGUGGGUCGCUUACUCCGGCAAGGACUGCGGCAUGAGUCUCCCCGGCCCACACAUUGACGAGACCUGGCCUGCUGCUGAGUUCUACACCAAUAAGAUCCUCUCCACGUAUCGCAACACGGAGGGGGGAGAAGCGCACGUGGAGUGGGCGAGGGCGCUAAAGGAGCUGUACAUGGUGGGAUUAAAGGAGUACAUUAAGAAGUUCCACCUCACCGGGCCCUCCUGGUCCGCCUCAGGCCUCGACCUCCCCGCCUACCUCUCCUCCGCCCCCUCCGCCGCCCCAGCUCCACCCCGCGGAGGACCCCCGCCGCCUCCGCGCGGGGCCCCUCCCCCGCCUCCGCCCCCGGCUGCGUCAGCGGGCGGAGGGGGCGGAGGGGGCGGGGGCGGGGGCGCGGACAUGUCGAAAGUGUUUUCCGAGCUGAACAAGGGCGAGGCCGUCACUGCAGGGCUGCGCAAGGUCACAGCAGACAUGAAGACCAAGAACCGCACCGACCGCUCGGGGGCCGUGCCUGCCAGCAUAGGCGGCAGCAAGGCCACGUCAGCAGGCGCCUCCACUGCUGCCAAGCCAGCUGUGGUGAAGCCUCCCAAGUUCGAGCUGCAGCAAGGCCGCAAGUGGGUGGUGGAGAACCAGGUGGACAACAAGGAGGUGGUCAUCACGGACACGGAGCCCAAGCAGACCGUCUACAUCUUCGGCUGCAAGGGCACCGUCGUGCAGGUCAAAGGCAAGGUGAACAACAUCACGCUAGACAAGUGCACCAAGACCGCUGUCGUCUUCCAGGACGUGCUGGCGGCGUGUGAGGUGGUGAACUGCAGUGGCGUGGAGAUCCAGUGCGAGGGCACGGCGCCCACGCUGGCAGUGGACAACACGAGCGGCUGCCAGCUGUACCUCGCUGCCACGGCGCUGGCCGCCGCCAUCACCACGGCCAAGUCGUCCGAGAUCAACGUGCUCGUGCCCGGCCCCGAUGCUGAGACUCCCUGGGUGGAGCAUGCGCUACCGGAGCAGUUUGUGAGUGAGCUCAAGAACGGCACCUUUGUCACCACACCCAUCUCCCACUCCGGAGGCUGA